AAACGGAUAAAGUCAAGUUGUAACAAAGUGGAGACAUGUCCGCAUCUGCCACUUAACACCUGUAAACAAUUUGGAAAAUCGCUCAUGAUAACGCGUGGUGGAUCUCGUUCUGCUUAUCGGCUCCUCCCCAACGAAUCGUGUUAUGCCGAGAUUGGCAAUCCGCUCGGCUAUUUGGAUUAUACUGACGCUCCUCUUUCGCCUCGCCGUGACGGAAAAUAAAACGUAUCCAGAACAAAACUUUUUGGAUUCUCGGGAGGACAGAUCGGCGCAUGGUUCCUUUAGAAAUUUUUGGAAGCAAAGACCAUCUCGUGAGAACAAAUCACUCGGAACUGUCGGAUCGGAAUCCCCAAACGAGAUCUUGCGAUUUCGAGCUGCAGGGGAUAUAAAUUUUGGAGGAUACAAAAACGCCAGCUUAAACAGAAGAACUUUGAUGGAUUAUAACGGUCCGGUUAUAACAGAGGAUCUCGAUGAUACGGGCGAUCAGAAUCUCGCGGGCCACAUUCGCGUCAAGAGAAACGAGCCGAUCGUUCGCCAUCGGCCGAGCUCCGUGAAUUUCCAAGUGAAUUUGCUUCCGCGAAAUUCCUGGCGUAGAACCGAUGUGACAAGCAUAUUCGGCGACUCGGCGUUCGAAGGGUCACGUUCGGAUCACGAGAACCGAUCUGGUACCACCGUGGAUACCAUGGUCUCGCACUCGCGACACAAGCGAGGACUCGUGUCGGAAAACGGACAUCGCAGGAAACGCGUGAAAGGAAAUACCGGAUAUUCCAAGCAUAACGUUGAGACGAGAAACAGAAAUAAGAAGCAUGGUGUCUCGAAGUCCCCCCAUCAGCUUGUCACGAAAAAAAAGAGCAAUCCAACCUCGAGAAAAAAAAAUAAGAAUACUCAAGAAAUUGGAAUGCCUAUCAAAAAGAUCGACAAGUCGCGGGUAGAAUCCAGGAUAGAGAAAAGGGAAUCCGAAAAUAGCGAUUUCGACAUUAAUACUGGCACUGUUAACGAGAAAGCGGAAGUCUUAAUUAGCCAGAAAGAAGAUGCGUCAUUAACCAACAAUAGAAGUUUCGCUGAACAGCGACAGGAGAACGCCAUUAUGUUACCCUUCGUACACACUGGAAGAGCGGAGUUGCGCGUUCGUAUCGAAAAAAUUCCCACGAACGCGUCGUCGCUUGUCAGUCCCAGUUAUUCGACGGAUCGUUCUGUCGGGAUUAGCCCUUGCUCGAUUGUAUUACCGAAAUACAACACGAGCGAUGAAAAUCUCGAUGUUAACACAAAUCUUAAGCUCGCCCCGAAUUUCGAUUCCGUCGGAAGAGGGAAGGCUGAUAACGUAACAGUGGAGAUUACGCUGAAGAAGCUGGACCUGGGAGACGUAUCUGGCCAGGAAACAAGCAAGUCUGAAGAUACAUCGUUUUAUAACGCGGAAGUUCGCCCGACUGGAUCCGACGUGCUGGGAAUCGAGGACAACCGUAACGCGAAAAAUGAAAAGUACGAUCGCACGAACGAGGCGUCUGUGGAACUCUCGGACGAGGACGCGAAGUCGCGCGCGAAGAGAAAUCAGCAAGUUACGUCUAAGCGUUAUCUACGAAGCGAUAAAAACGCGAAAGACUCGACACGUUUCAAAGACACCGAACAAGGAAUCAGAGACACGAAGCGCGAGAAGACGAGGACUCUCGGUAAUCGCGUUGUGAGAUCGAUCGAAGAAAUUAAAAAUCUUGCCGAAAAAUUAAUCGCCAAGAUAAACGAACUGCAGGUAUACGUGAGUAAUCGUAAUGAGACUCUGUGCACGAGGGAUUUCUGUCUCGGUAAAGACGUGGCUCGCAAAGAGGAACCGAGAAUCUCCCUGGAGAAGAAGAAAGACGUCUUGAGUUCCGCGUCCAAGAUCGCCGACAGUCGUCGACGUUUUGCGAAGGAGGCGGCGGCGACAUCAGCAGGUAAAAAAGCAUCCCCGAUGCGUUCUAGCGGCUCGAGAUUCGCGCGAGGAGAGUAUCGGACGAGGAGGAGACCGCGUCGCAAGUGGGGCAGGUGGAUGGAUUGGAGCAGCUGUAGCGUCACCUGCGGCAAGGGUCGACAGAUCAGGUGGCGGCAUUGCCUGCACGAUUGCAACGAUGCGGAAACCGAGAUGGAAGAGAAAGCGUGCCAAUUGCCGGCCUGUCCCCCGAGUAAGUUCCUCGGAAUAUUCUGAAGGAUACCUCCUUCGGCAAACGACGAUCGGCGACCGAAUAUUCAGCGACGUUGACCGCAAUUAUUAAAGAAAUAUUAUGUAGUACAGGAAUAAUAAUUUCAUUUAGUACUACAUAAUCUUUCGGUUGCUUAAAACGUAUAGAACUUGAUUGAUGCAGCUGCACUUUGUAAACAAGGAUCUCGAAUUUGCUUCUUGGUAAGGAAAGUUCGCGAAGUUCAUCAAAUUCCUUGACAUCAUUUUAUUCUCUUUUUUUUUAUAUGGGUAACAAUUUCCGUACAAAGAUUUUUAUGACCUCGAAUCACGUGUUUACGUUUUACACUACGUAGGAACUUUCAAAGUUACAAAGAUGCAAUUAACGUUCGAUGACGAUUCAUUCCGGGAAGAUAAUUUGAACGAUGAAAAAUUUUUGAAAUUUGCACGUUACAAACGUUUAUGUCGCUGUGUGAAACUUGGACUUUAACCGAGUGAAAUAUUUUUUUCUACAGCCUCGUGAACCUUCCUUGCUUAUCAAUUCACGUGUAACACGGUUGUAUUUCGCAUAAUUAUGUAACAAAUCGUUUGAUGUAUAUUUCUCAUCAUCUCAUUAUCAAAUACAAUAAUAUAUUAUACAGCA